CGUCAAUCCAUCAAUCGCCCACCAUGGCCCCCUCCCAGCUCCCCCCGAUCUUCAACCCUACCCCCCAGGACAUUGAGAUGCUCCUGGCUGCUCAGUGCCACCUGGGUUCUAAGAACCUCCAGGUGCACAUGGAGCCCUACCUCUGGAAGACCCGCCCCGACGGUGUCAACGUGGUGAACAUUGGCAAGACCUGGGAGAAGAUCGUCCUGGCUGCCCGUAUCAUCGCCGCCAUCGACAACCCCGCCGAUGUCUGUGUGAUCUCUGCUCGUCCCUACGGCCAGCGUGCGGUCCUGAAGUUCGCCGCGCACACCGGCGCCACCGCUAUUGCCGGUCGCUUCACCCCCGGUAACUUCACCAACUACAUCACCCGCUCGUUCAAGGAGCCCCGCCUCAUUGUCGUGACCGACCCGCGCACCGACGCCCAGGCCAUCAAGGAGGCCAGCUACGUCAACAUCCCCGUCAUCGCCCUUUGCGACACUGACUCGCCCACCGACUUCGUUGAUGUUGCUAUCCCCACCAACAACAAGGGUCGUCACUCUAUCGGUCUGGUCUGGUGGCUGUUGGCCCGUGAGGUUCUCCGCCUCCGUGGCACCCUCGCUACCCGCGAGACUGAGUGGGACACUGUUGUUGACCUCUACUUCUACCGCGACCCCGAGGCCGAGGAGAACAAGGAGAUCGCCGAUGAGACCAAGGUCCCCGGUGCUGAGGAGAUCGGUGCCGGUGCCGUUGAGUCUGGCUUCGCCGGUGAGAACUGGGACACCAACGCGCCUGGCGCUGGUAACCCCGGCACUGCCUUCGCUGCUGCCAGCGCCGUUGGCGCCACUAGCUGGGAGGCCGACGGUGGUGACUGGGCCGCCAGCUCCGCCGCUCCCGCUGGUGAGUGGGCCGAGGCUCAGGGCGCCGCCCCUACCGAGGCCAAGUGGUAA